AUGAACAACACCCAGAGUAAGGCCGCCGGCGCCCCGCUGGGCUCGCUGGAAGUGUUCUGCGGCGGGGCGACGACGUCGCAGCACAUCGAGGCCAAGGACGACGAGCACUUCGAGACGACCACCUUCGCGUUAAAGCGGACGCCGCUGCUUGGUCUCUUGGACGAGUUCAUCGACCCGGAAAAGCAGGCGGAAAAGAUCCAUCUGGCGUCUCCGGGGCUUAAGCAACUGCUGGGCAACUUAGCCAGCCUCGCCCACGCCACCCCCGCCGCUGCUGAGCCGCCCGUGGCCGAACCGUCAAAUGAGGUCACGCCGACACCAGCGUCGCCAAAACCACUUACGACUGCGUUCGACUCGCCCGAACUCAUGCCCCACGACGACGCCGACAUCACCAACGAGCCCCAGCGGCACGUCGACUACUUGCUGUACCAGUGGGACAUCACCGAUAUCCUGAAGCUGUGGCGGUAUAUCGUGCUGAAACGCAACACCGUCACCAACGCCGCCCGCCUCGAGAACGCCAGUUGGCGGACGUGGGCCCAGCGGCAGGGGAACUUGAAAACCAUCAACCCCGAGGUCGUCAACUGGCUGAAGGACCUGGACGUCACCUGGCUCUACGGACCGAUCUUAGAGGAUGAUAAUAAGAAUGUCGACGAUGACCCCCACCGCCAGGUGACCGUCACCUCCAAAGAAGCCGGCGAUAUCAGUUUGCCCCUGUAUAAUAAGCCGAAAGGGAUCAUUCGCCAGCGGCUGCGGCUCGACCGCAUUAUUUCCCAUUCCAACUUGUUAAAACACGAUUUGGCCGCCAACCGCGAACUACAACGGCGUAAAGAUGAACAACAGGCGAAAAUGGAGGCGCUUAGGGACGCCCCGAAGCCGGAAUUUUUCGACUACCACGCCAUUACCGGCAGGCUCAACCAGCAGUAUAAGCACUCGCAACCGCUGCUGAACCUGCUGUUGACGAAAUUGCAGAACCUUUUGAACCACAAGAUCGACACCGCCCACCAGCCGCUGCCGCUAGCCGCGGUGGCGCUGCCGAACCUGCCACAGUCGGAGGUGACCCUGGUGGACCUAAACCCGCCUAAACCCGAACGCCACAUCCAUUUCGACGAGACGGUGAUGCAGUGCAUUGCCGUCGACAACUAUCUGGACCUGGACGGCGACGCCGACGUGGCGCCUGCCCCCAAAACGCCGCUGGCGAUAUAUCUUGACUCUGACGACUCUGACGACUCUGACGACGACGAUAAGGACGGCGGUUUUUUCCUUCUGGUGCCGUCGUUGGGAGCGGCCCCCGCCAUCGCCCUGUCGGCCCGCGCCCUGGAGCUGGAGCUGGAGCUGCUGGAGCUUUCUGACUCGGUGCUGACGACGAACCUGAAGAUGGAGUUGCAGACGAUCCGCAUGCUUCUGCCGACGACGAUCAACUACGGUCUGGAGGACGAGACCAGCGACGACGAGUACACGUACACGCUGCUGUUGAGCCACAAAGCCGAGCACCGCGGCUACGACUACUACUACAAUUACGACUAUGACCGCGUGUACACCGACCACCCGGCGUACGCCGAACUCAACACCCCGGACGUUGUCGACUGCCCCGCCGACAUCGCGAUGCAGUUCAACAAUGCCUCCGUCCACGACGGCAGCGGCAGUGCCGCCAGCACUCCCAUCGUGCUUGAACCUCAGCCAGGUCCCGGAGGACUGCCAGUGGCGAUUAUACCCCAGGUGAUCGCGGCCCCGGGAGUGAAGCUGCCCCUGACACCAAAGCCUCAACCGGCGGCGGUGGAACUGGACCUGGACCUGGAUCUGGACGACGGUCUUUCCAUUUCUGCGCUGAGUUCGUCCAAGGACUUGGCGCAGCUGGUGUUUGGAAUGACCCAAGCCGACCACUUCCCCGACGCUACACCGGCAGAACCGGUGGCGGCCCCGACGGCCUCGAUUAACCCUAACCGCCUGCAACUGCUGUUUAUCGCCAAGCAACCGCGGUCGCUGGGACUGUUAGCGGCGCUGUUCUUUGGCGAUGCCUCCCAAGCCGACGGCGGGGCGGUUAGAUCGCAGCUUUCGCAGCUUUUCUUGGGCGACACCCAAAAGAACAACCUGAACUCGUCGUCGUCGACGGUGGCCCACACGCCGCUGUCGGCGCUUGCCGACCUGUUCUUAGGUCGGCUGGCGCUGCUGUUUGACCGUGAACCGUCACCGCUGGCGAAGCUGGCGCCGCUGCCACCGCAGACGUCCCAGGAAACGGCGACGUCGGUGUUGAGUCCGCCGCGACGAGCCCGGCUGGGUUUUUUGCUCCAGGACUCCGACUCGGAGCUGGACAGCGAGUAA